AUGAAGUUUGUCCUCCUCUACGCCGCCCUAGCGCUAGCCGUCAACGGCGGCUUGGAUGGCGUCGUCACUGUCGACACCACCACGCUCCCCGAUACCACGCUGACGGUGAUGGAGACGGAGACGGCGGCGCCGCCUACCACUGAGCCAACGCUGACGCCGACCACAACCAAACUGACCGAGAAACCGACGCUGACGACGUCUACCACCAGUGUCGGAAAUGCUGCCGACAGUGCUGCCGACACUCCUUCCGGCGCCGACACAACUUCCGACACAACUUCCGACACAACUUCCGACACGUCUCCGAUGGGGCCCCGCACCACCACGUUAUACCCGCUGCUGCUGGCGCCAGCGCCCCUGGUGGUGACGGUGUACGCGUCCAACCCCGACACCACCACCUCGUCGUCCACCACUUCUUCCUCGUCAUCGUCGACGCAAUCGCCCUCGCUCAUCGUCACUCCCGGCGCCGCGAUCGAAAGCACUUACGACACCGUGAGCGCGAUCGUCACCACGAUCCCGACGACGUACCCCGUCACCACCAUCAACGGGCGCACCAUCACUCUUAUUGACGUCACCGUCGACUCGCUGGCCGCCGCCGCUGGCAAAACCGGUGGCAAAACCGGCGGCGGCGUCGUGACGCUGUACCAGACGGUGGUCAGCGGCCACACCUCAAAUAUCGUCAGCACUCGAUACUCGACGCGCACGGGCGUGGUCACGGCGCACCCUUACGAAACUUUGCUCCCGAUAACGAUGACCCUGGGCGGCAAUGUCAUUGUCGUUACCAAGAAAACCACGGUGACGCCGCUGAAUAACUGGGGCACCAAGUGGGACCAGCUGGUGUGGAUCGAUACCACCUACUAUUCGAGCCCGGCGCCGUUCACGUAUAGCGCCGCGAGCGUCACCGCGAACGGGGCGGCCGCGCUCACGGCGCCGGUAGAGAUGUUGCGGGCCUUAAGCUGGACUUGGGCAGUGGCGGCGGCAUCGGCGGUGGUGGCAGUCAUGGCAUUGUGA